CUAUUUGUUACAAAUUAAAUUAAAAUUGUUAUUAUAAAUUGUUAUCAUAAAUAAAUCUAUUUUAAAAUUUUAUAUUUUAAUAUUUUUGCUUGUUACAACAUCAGCAAAACCACCCAAAUAAAAAAGUGACUCAUUGAAAUUUUUAGAAUUUUAAAAAAAUUUUAUAUCAUAAAUUAAUCUAUAACAGUAAUAAUAAUAGUAGUACAGUAGGAAACAACAAAUAAAAAUAGUAUUGAAUAUAAAUAUAUAAUGGGUGUUUGUAAAUGUAAGAAAAGAAGUGAAGACUUUUGUUUUAAUCAUAAAAGAUUUAUAUGUGACUCGUGCGUUGUUUCAGAUCAUCCAAUUUGUUAUAUUAGAUCGUAUGUUGAUUGGUUAACAGAUUGCGAUUUUGAAGAUUCAGUAUGUGGGGUUUGUAAAGGUAGAUUCGAUGCUGAUGAUACUAAUGAUAGUGUUAGAUUGGGAUGUUAUCAUUUAUUUCAUCCAGAAUGCAUUGAUGUAUAUGUUGCAACAUUAUCACCCAAUACACCACCAUCAUCAUAUCCAUGUCCAAAAUGCCCCAAACCAAUAUUACCAACAAAUGAUAGCAAUUCAGCAUUAUCAGAGAGUAUGAGAGAUAAAUUUUCACUAUCAAGUUGGGCAGAUCCAGUAUUGGGUCCAUUAAGACUAAAAAAAGAACAACAGCAACAGCAAUUACAACAACAACAGCAACAAACCAAUACAAGCUUAAAUGGUAGUGGCACAACAUCAAAUUAUAACUCCACAUUAACAUAUCAUCAUCAUAGUAGCAGCGGAAAUAAUGCAUCACCACCAUCCUCAACCAAUGAUUUUUAUAGUGGCAGCGCCAGCGGUGUUGGCUCAAAUAGUUUAAUCAACCCAAGUCUUUUAGAGGAGACACCACCUCUCUCACAUUUAAAUACUAAUCCUUAUGGCUUGGCAAGCCGAAAGCAUGAAGAUACUGUAAUUCAAUUAAAUCACCAAAAUAUAAAUAAUAAUAAUAAUAAUAUCAAUCAAAUUUAUGAUGACUAUGAUAAAUAUAAUAAAAAACAAGUUAAUCCAAUUUCAAAAAUUAUAACUAAAAUUAAAGAAACAAAACCAAUUUAUUUAGUAAUGUUUACGAUUAUAGUGAUUUUAUUUUUAUAUAUAAUUAUGAAAGCCCCAUCAACAGAUUCCAAUGAACAACCAAAAGUAGAUCAAAAAGAUACAAAAUAAUAAUUUAGAUAAAAAAUUAAUAAAAUAAAUAUACUUAUAGGUAUAACAAAAAUUUCACAACCACAC